AUGGCGAUGCGACCUCACACUUCGCUCGAUCAAUACCACUCGACGGCAAGCAGUCCCAGUCUGCGCAGUCGCGAGCCCAUCGACAUGGAGCGACCAUUUACGCCGCCCGAUGCAGACGGCGGAAACGUCAAGGUCGUUGUUCGAGUGCGCAAAUUUGUCAAGAGAGAAAUCGACAAGCGAUCGCCGUGUAUCAUUCGCAUGAAUCCACUUACACAAGAAACAACCCUGCUCCCGCCUGAGCUUACAGAAGAGGAGGCCAAGAACACUCGCAAGCAAUACGAAGAGAAGAAGUUCACCUUCGACAAGUCUUUCUGGUCACACAGCGAUUCCGAUGCACAUUUCGCUGGCCAGUCGCAUGUUUACGAUUCUUUCGGCGAAGACUUCCUCGACCACAACUUCGAUGGCUACCAUACUUGCAUCUUCGCGUACGGUCAAACGGGUAGUGGCAAGUCAUACACUAUGAUGGGUACCCUCGAUCAACCAGGUCUCAUUCCUCGCACAUGUCGAGGCUUGUUUGAGAGAAUAGAAGCGGAGCAGAAUGGCAGUAUAACAUACAACGUCCACGUCUCGUACUUCGAGAUCUACAACGAGCACGUCAAGGAUCUGCUCACACCGAAGACAAAUCCGCCCACCUACCUCAAGAUCAGAGAAAGCAAGAGCGAUGGUGUCUACGUUCAGAAUCUCUCGGACGAACCUGUCCGAUGCUACGAGGACAUUGAGCGAUUGAUGAAGGUGGGCGACAUGAAUCGGACGACGGCGAGCACAAAGAUGAACGACACAUCUUCACGAUCACACGCUGUCUUCACCCUCACUCUGAAGCAGAUCCAGCAUGAUAUCGCCACAGACAGCACGAUCGAGCGAGUCGCUCGCAUGAGAUUGGUGGAUUUGGCAGGCUCAGAACGCGCGAACAAGACCGAGGCCACGGGAGCGAGACUGAGGGAGGGUAGCAACAUCAAUCAGUCCCUCACUACUCUUGGCCGAGUCAUUGCUGCGUUGGCGGAUCCAAAGCGCCAGCGAGUGUCGCGCAUGACCGGUAUGGCGAACCAACCGAAGCGUCGAGCAGAAGUCGUGCCCUACCGAGACAGUGUUCUCACAUGGCUGCUCAAAGAUUCUCUGGGCGGCAACAGCAAGACAGCAAUGGUUGCCUGCAUCUCGCCCACCGACUACGAAGAAACUCUCUCGACACUUCGCUAUGCAGACCAAGCCAAGCGUAUCCGCACCAAGGCACACGUCAACCAGGAUGCUGUGUCGGCAGCGGAGCGUGAUGCAAAGAUCUUGGAAAUGCAAGAGACCAUCAAGCAGCUCCAACUUUCCGUCAAUGCUGCUGCAACCCGCAAGAGAGACGAAGCUGAUCGCGCCCGAGACGAGUUGGAAGACUAUCAACGACAAGUCAGCAAAAUGCAACGCGCCAUGGAAGAAUCUCGCGCAGUAUCCGAAGUCAAGAUUCGUGCUCUCACCCAAGAAGUGGAAGAUUUACGUCCACAGAACGAAGCCUUGAAGACGGAGAUCGAGGCUCUGAGAUUGCAUCUGAGACUGGCCGUGGGCGAGCUGAAGAACCCGAUCGUCAUUCCCACAAACUACGAGGAUGAGGAGAAUAGUGAGCCAUCUGAGUACGGAGAGUCGGACCAUGAUAGCGGCAUGGACGACGGCUCCUCGAUGUUUGGUGAUUUCGAACACGAUGUUUGGCAGGCUGAUGUCGACGAGCUCUUGAAGGACCUGGGGCUGUUCAAGCGUAAGGUAGCAGACGACAAGGCUCGAUUCCCCCAUCCUGGUGACCAGCAGAGAAGACCGGCCAUGGCUGAGGUGAGCGCUAACAGCGUGAGCUAA